AUGGCCAUUCACCCGGUUCCCUCUCGCCAGGCUCGUCCUUGUCACAAGUCUCGGGCUUCUCCGUUCAAAUCAAAGGAUCAACAAAUGGACAUUAAAGUAGCCAGUCACAAACUCGCCCUGCAACACUCGGUGCGCUCACAGAAGCUGGACGAACGCCAGCUCAACAAGUUCUUCAAGAGUUUGGAAGAUUUGAAAAUCAAGAGGAUCUUACAGAUUGAUAAAGAGGUGUCUGAGCAGGAGGACGUCUUGGAGAAACUGAAUUAUGAUAAGCAGGCGGCCAAGGAGCAGAGGCUCGCUCGACGAGGUAGCAGUUCAAAGAGUGCCAAUACUGAGAGUGAAUUUUCAUUCGUCUUGCCGGACCAUUUCAAGAGAGGCCCACGCCCGUCUUUGAGGCGAGGGUCGAGUAACUUUGACCUGUAUGCUUUCAUGAUGCGACGGGAAAGUGAUGUCACACCACGAACUAAAAGGAGUCACAGGAAAACAAGUUUAGCGAAACAAUCGAAGGGAUCACCUAUCCACCGGAACAAUUCAAGUUUGAAAUCAUCAUCUUGGGAAGAUGGUCCCGUAGGUUCGAAGGAAGCGUGGACUGAACCAGUACAUCGGGUUGUCUCCCCAGGAAAGUCCGAACAGUUCGUCGCUUCGCCUUCAUCCCACUUUAGCGCUGCCGAGAGCGUCAGUCUUGGUAGUUUACCGCCCUCGUCGCCCGAAUGCGACAGCGGCUUCCCGCCUAAACGUUUUCCCGCUGGCUCUGAUUGGUUGGAUGAAGUUGGGACCAAUGACGUCAACAAAGGAUUCAGGCGUUUACCGCGUACAAGACAACCGAAGGUAACACGCGGUCGUCAACAAGAGGUUGGAAAUAUCCACCAAACUAGAAACCCACGAGCAAGAGAAACGGACAAAGCAGUCGGACAAAAUCGGACUCGAGGUGAAACGAGUGGUUUGAUUUAUGACAAACUAUCCCAACGCAUACACGAACCAGAUACUGAUAAAAAGGGUGUUAAUUUGGCAGAUGGUAACUUCUUUGCAAACGUGGGGCUCAGCAAUCGACGAAGGCGUGGCGGUCCCCCGGCUAGAAAACUUAAGAAAGCAGUUUCGUUUCUGUUUCCUGCUGAUGAGGAAGGCGACCAUGAAUUUGUUGCGGAUGAAAGUCUAGGUGCCGGCAUCAUGCAUAAGAACAGCCUGCUGAAAGAUGGAUCAGGACCAUCGGCGGAACCGGUAGAGCAGCAAUGCCAGGAACCAGACUGUAUCUUCCAUAAUAAAGCAUACAGACGGGGGAGUCGUGUCGACGACGAAUACACCAUUGAUGACUACUACCGGACGGUAAGAGGUAAACCUACCGUAUCUCCACUGUUCAUGCCGGCGGACAGCCCCCGCUUGUGGAGCCGUAGUCGACGGCAAGCUGUCCGCCCGCCGUCGCCAAGUCCCUCGGACUUCCUCCGUGAAUUCGAUAACGUGGAAGCACCCAAAUCCACCUUGACAGAGUCCGAUAGUUUCCUAUCAGUUAGGCGACCGCUGAAGGGCUCAAAUCGAGAGAGAAUGUUAAAAGACAAAGAGGAAAACGUCCGGACAACAUUCAAAGUUAUGAGACAGAAAAUGGCGGGACAAAGACCACUGGAAUUUAACCAAAAUUACGGAACGCCAACUCCCAAUUGGAAAAUACUCAAUCCACUGAAACUGCGUCAUAAAAUCAACCAGAGUAACCCACUACACGCUAGAUGGGGCUUAUGAAGCUUCCAUCUAGGUAAAACAACAACAUAAUAAUAGCAUAAUAAACAUCGAAACAAAAACUGGAUAUUAAGAAAGAAGACCUAAACAGUAAAUUACAGUAAUUUGGUUCAAUAUGGAAACCCUCAUUGUAACCAUUUUUGCGUAGGGAAAAACUGUAAAGUGACGUAUCAGUUUCCUAAAAAGUUAUUGCGAAAUCUGUUUUAAAAGUUCAGCUGUGAAAAAAAGUCUACAGACGAAACCUCACAGAUUGUUGAACAAAUUUGUAUGAUUUGGGCUGAUUGCAAAAUCAUUGUUGGUGGAUUACUAUUUUGUCAUACGUAAUGCAUUGGUCG